UCAUUGAGCAGGAACAGGAAAGACUGGUUACAUUGUUAGUAGGAGGGCAGCGACAAGGUUGGAGUUGGCGAAGUGAAAGUUUGCAAACAGUUCUCAGGCGAUAACCAUAUGUUUUUACCGUUUUGAUGUUUUUAUAAACGCGCUAAGGCAUUGUUAUUUGCGACUCGUUUUUAAUGUCGCUCAUCUCGCCUUGGUAGUUGUUCUUCUUAAACAUUUUGCCACAGUUGGAGUGUUUAUAAAAAUAGCUAUUUCCAGAAGGCAGUACAUACUAAGAAAAAAAAACGAAAAAAACAGACAGUGCGGGUUAUUAUGGCAAUGACAGGCGGCACUGCACCAUCAUUUCCUAUGAGCAAUCAUACCCGUGAAAGAGUGACGGUCGCAAAGCUUACUCUAGAAAACUUCUAUAGCACUCUGAUAACUCAGCAUGAAGAAAGGGAAAUGAGGCAAGUAAAACUUGAAAAAGCAAUGGAUGAAGAGGGUCUAGCUGAUGAAGAGAAAAAAAUGAGGCGAUCCCAGCAUGCACGAAAAGAAACUGAAUUUCUAAGGCUAAAACGAACCAGGUUGGGUUUAGAUGACUUUGAGUCUUUGAAGGUUAUCGGAAGAGGAGCUUUUGGAGAGGUGCGUCUCGUUCAGAAGAAGGACACUGGCCAUAUUUAUGCCAUGAAGAUCCUGAGAAAAGCAGACAUGCUUGAAAAAGAACAAGUAGCACAUAUCAGGGCCGAGAGGGAUAUUUUGGUGGAAGCUGAUGGAGCAUGGGUUGUGAAAAUGUUUUAUAGUUUUCAAGAUAAAAGAAACCUCUAUUUAAUUAUGGAAUUUCUUCCAGGAGGUGACAUGAUGACUUUGCUCAUGAAGAAGGAUACUUUGUCAGAAGAGGAAACCCAGUUUUACAUCGCUGAGACUGUGCUGGCCAUAGACUCCAUUCACCAGCUAGGAUUCAUUCAUCGAGAUAUUAAACCAGAUAACCUCCUGUUAGAUUCUAGGGGACAUGUUAAACUGUCUGACUUUGGUUUAUGCACUGGACUGAAGAAGGCACAUAGAACAGAAUUCUAUAGGAAUCUAACUCACAAUCCUCCCAGUGAUUUUUCUUUUCAGAACAUGAAUUCUAAAAGGAAAGCAGAAACAUGGAAGAAAAACAGAAGGCAGUUAGCGUAUUCAACUGUGGGAACACCAGACUAUAUUGCUCCGGAGGUAUUCAUGCAGACUGGCUAUAAUAAACUCUGUGAUUGGUGGUCUUUGGGAGUCAUAAUGUAUGAAAUGUUGAUAGGAUAUCCUCCAUUCUGUUCUGAAACACCUCAGGAAACAUACCGAAAGGUUAUGAAUUGGAAAGAGACACUAGUUUUUCCUCCAGAAGUGCCAAUUUCUGAGAAAGCGAAGGACUUGAUUUUAAGGUUCUGUAAUGAUGCAGACAACAGAGUUGGUGCUAAUGGCAUAGAGGAAAUAAAAAGUCACCCCUUCUUUGUACCAGUAGACUGGGAACACAUAAGGGAGCGACCAGCAGCCAUUUCAAUUGAAAUAAAAAGUAUUGAUGACACAUCCAACUUUGAUGAAUUCCCAGAAUCUGAUAUCUUACAGCCUGUGACAAACACAACGGAACCUGAUUAUAAAUCAAAGGACUGGGUUUUCCUUAACUAUACCUACAAAAGGUUUGAAGGACUAACACAACGAGGCUCCAUUCCUUCUUACAUGAAGACAGGAAAGCUGUGACAUUCAGGGAAUGAAGAAAAAUGUGGAAACUCUUUAAAGUAGCUGCAGUGCCUGGGCCCUCAGCAGCUGCUGAUUAUGCACACACAGGAAGAACUCAACUACACUUGGGUGUAUAUCACAGAACCGCUGAAAUUCUACAGGAUUAGGAUUUCCAAAAUAUUAAGUGGCUGCUUCACUAUGAAUUUCGGCAGAGCCAGCAGCCAUUUUUCUCAACAUAUCUUGUUCUUUGCAUUUUAGUCUUUGUUUUAUAAUAUAAAGGUACUAGGAUAUGUUGAACACUUUUUCAGGUUUACAUGUAGCACUGUCCAGUAUGGAACUCUUCUUUUAGUUGUACUGUAUUUAAAGCACUAAAAAAAAAAAAAGAAUCCUCAUAUCCUAAUACUAUUUUAGUCUGGUUGAAGGUUGCUGAGUUCAUUGGAUACAAUACAGUAUAUGAAUGCCAAAGCUGUCCAAGCCCUGUUAAAUAACACAUGGCUUCUGAUCGAAAUUGGUAGCCCAAGUUAACUACCAACUGAAAUUUUCACUACUUAUCAAUAAAUUUACCGGUGUGUGAAAACAUUUUUUGGAGAGGUCUAAGGUUAUAAAUAUCAACAAUGAUAAAGUACUGUAAUCUGUCUUGUUAGAUUCCAUUUUACUAUGUUACAAAAAUUAAGAUUUGUUCAUAGUCUCAAUUUAAACACUGAGAGAAAACUAAUUUCUAUCAGUGGUGAGGCAUUAGGUUCAAAAUAAUGAAUCUAAAUUGCCUUAUAUUGAUGCGGAUUUUCAUUUAGCAUUUCUCCUUCCCCUUAUCAUUUGUGAUUUUAUUUUACACAGGGUAUGUUGUUAAUGUUGCGUGCUUAUAGCAUUCAUUGAUAUAUGCUUUCCAUGCUGAAUAAUGUAUAGCUGUUGGUUGGAAGCGUCAGAUGGAAUUUUUUUAUUUUAUUUUCAACCUUAUUCCGAGGAAUAACAAUUGCUCUGCAGACUAAAUAAAAACUGUUGCACUAAUGGCAACAGGAAAAGGUGGAGACUGAAAAAUAAAUCUAGAAAUCUCACAAAAAACUGAAUGUAGCGAAUGACAAGUGCUGAAUGACUGCCAACAACAUAGUACAAAGCAUUUUUUUCAUAAAGCUAUUUAGAUUGUUUUUAAAAUGCUGCAUGUUUUUUUGUUUCAGGGAACCUGAACCCCCAUGACAUUCUUUGCAUUAGUUUAAAGUACUUUCUUUAGAGAAAUAUUUCCUCUUGAAAAUGUUUUUUGGGGGGGUGGGGGGACUUUAAAUUCAUUUUUGGAAAGAUUAAGUAUUUUGCUAAAUGAUUGACUUUUUUUUUGUGCUUUUUUUUUUUUUUUUGAAUAAUUAUAUUUUAUGUUCUCUGACUUGCAUUUCCGUUUAUAUACAGUGAAAUUUAAAUGCCUUUUCUUUUUUGUAAGUACUUUUUUUAAAACAUUUUUUCUUUAAAUUGGUUUUGACAAAUUCGGGUCAAGUCACUGUCUCCAUGGAGCUUUCUUAAGGCACUCUGAAACUUAUCUCCCACUUCAGAAACAGGCUGGUUAGCUUGAUUGGCAUCUUUAAAUUGACAGUUUUAAUGACUGUGCCCUGUGAUGAACUGGCACAUCACCCAAGAUUGGAUCCCACCUUGCACUUGUAUGCUGCCAGAAUAGACUACAACCCCUUUGACCUUGCAGGAGGUAUAUAGAGUUAACAAAGACUUUGAAAAUAAAUCUUUUUAAAGUAGGAUGAACCAGGAAGUGAGUUUAGACUCAAAUAUUAAAAAAUAUAUAUAUAUAUCAUUAGAAUGAAAAGAAGCUGCUUCUAAGACCUUUUUUAUAAUCCUGUUAUUACCAAAGAAAUCAUAUUCUCUUAAAUAGUUAUUUGAAGUAGAUUACAUUUGUUUAUUUUUUACUGUAUGAAUUACAUACAUUUUGGUAUGGUUUAGAAAGUAUUUGCAGCCUAUUAACAAUCAUGUUCUUUUAUGCAUUUUAAUGUGUCUGGGAACUCCCAAUUUAGGAAUGUAGUAGCUGUAAGGAAGCGCUAAUAUUAUUUGUGUAUCAAAAUUACUUGAUUUAGACAAAGUAAAUUUAGCAUAUCAUUUUUUGUGUAUGCAAAAUUUUUCUUAUACAAAUGAAAUUUCAUAUUCUAUUUUUAUGUGCAUAUUUAAAGUCCUACAUUUCCAAUCUUUUGAGUUAAUGUGUGCUUCCUUGCUGUGAGCACACUCCUGUUCUGUAGUGUUAACUCUGGCCCUGCUGGUUGCUUCCAAGUGCUCAAAGCAUGAUUCUCUUAGCUAAAUUGUAAAUGACCAUUCUCAUGCAAGGUAAGGACAUCACUCAUUGACUUAAUAGAACUGGGUAACUUGUGCUCUUCUAUGUUUUCCUGUGCUAAAGUUCACCCUAUGCCAUAAAGGACUCUUUUAAACCAGCAGGCCUACCUAAUUUGUAGGAUCUUUGUCAUCACUAGUUGUGAACUUUGUUUAUAGAAGUGUCUUUACCAACAACAUCAAACUGGGUGGAGGGGGAGAUUUGUGAAUGACUCAUCUAAGCUAAAGGAAGUCUGAGUUAGUUCCAGUGACUGUGCAGUGUUCAGUGUCUCUCAAACUAUUUCUAACAGGGUUUUUUGAUCCUUGUGUGAGAUGCAAAUAUAGUCUAUAUAAAACUUUCAGUUAAAGUCUGGUGCCAUAUUUUAUUUACUUCAUAUAAUCAAUAUAAACUCGUUUCCUUUUUGGCCACCAAUACUAAUAUUCAGAUUUUUGAGAAAAUUAUAUGGAUAAAUCAAUUAUUUGCUAGUUUGCCAGAGUAUUGAGGUUAUCAGGAUCACUCAUGCAUACAUACACUGGAUUUAAAAGUGAAUGGAGAUUAUUGGAGAAAGGGAUAUAAAAUGUUUUUGCUUUUUUUUUCCUUUCAUGGUUUACAAUUUAUUAAUCCUAAUUUGACUUAAAUAUUUGCUUUUUACCAAAGAAUUCAAAAUAUUUUUUAUCAGUAUAGAAUCUCUUAAGAAUGUAUCUGUUUGUGGAGUAAGGAAUGCUGUAAAGAAAGUGAUGUAAAUGUUUAUACUUGUAAAGGAAUGUCAAUGUUAAGUUAUUUGGGGUAUUAUAAUAUUUAAAGUUUCUGAUGUAUACAAUUGUUAAAAAGCGGUACAUCAUCUGUGUUUGGGGGUUUGGUGUAAUGUUUUUUUUUUUUUUCUUUCAACUGUCAUUAAGAUGCAAAUGUUUUAUGUUGAGAAAAUAUUUGAAUGGCAAGCAAAUCUGCAUUUACUGGAAGCUCCAGAAUUAAUCAGUGUAAGAGUUUUUUAUUUAUCCCUACCAGGGAGCACAUGAAGGAAUUGUGCAGAUGUUUUAGCUUGAGAUUGUUUCAUUGUUUUUGUUUCCUGUUUACAGUGGUUAAUUUAGUUAAUCCAAAAAAUGUUUUACACAAUUUAUUGUCAUUGCCAAAUAUUUAAUUUAAAUUAAUAAAUCCCCAAGUGGUUAAGCAUCUUCCCUCUUCAAUCGAUUAUACAUGUCAGUUUUUUUUCUCCAGCUGCUUAGUUAAUUUUGCUUUGAGUGGCUCAUUUUCACCUUUGUCAUAGAAAAUAUAUAAAUUGUGUAACAAUAUAAUGGAAAUAUGCAUUGAAAUGUUUUACAGGCAUUUUUAUUUGUUUCAUUAUUGCCCACUGUAACAAACAUUUUCCAGCAAUACCUGAAGCAAAACCAUUAGUAUAAAUGUCUGCUGAAGCAAACUAGGAUGGUCAGCAUAGACAAGAAUAUUCAGAAAUGGUAUUUGACAUAAUUACAACAAAAUGUUGUACAUUUGUCUGAUAUUCCAGUGGAAAAUUCAAUUUUAAUAUUAUGUGACAUUUUAAAUGUAUUUCUGUUUGCAUUCUCCAUUGUGAAGAACAGCUAUAAACAAAGUAGUGAAAGUCAAUACAGGGUAGCAAGGGUAUAAUUGAGUUUCUUAGAUUGUUCAAAGAUUAAUAAAGUGUAUAUUGCUAAUUUUUUGUAACAUAAUGAAAUAAACAUGAAGAUACAGUAAACA